AACAUUAUCAGAACGUAAGUUGAUCUACAUGCAGUAACUUUAUCAUUUACAUGCACGCGGUUUAUAUCUGGCACAUAUUUUACUUUAGGUCAGAACAUUUAUUCGUUCGACUUAUUACAUUUGUUGCCAAUGUUGAAUGACUGAAUAUUGAAGUUAUAUUUUGUAUUUACGGAGACAACAUAAUUGUUGGAUAUCACGAAAUGAUGUGUAAAAUAGAAUAAAUUGAGAGAAAACAGUAACUAUUCAUAUGUGAACUUUCGGAUUUUUACCCUUAAUUGUGACAUGAUCAUCGAACUUGUUGCUCGAGGAUUAUAAGUCCCCUUAUAAGUGACGUCAUCGAAAAAAACGAAUCGGGAACCAAUAUAAAUUGACGAUGCGGGAACAAAAUGAUUCGACAAGCAAGCAAGAAUUUUACUCAAGCGAGACAAACGAAACAGUAAUAGAGAACAAAAAGACGGACAACGCGGCAAAUAGGCAUCGAAUUUUACAUACAUUUUGCAUAUUCAUCAGUAUCUUUGCGAUGGGAUGGAGAAACGCUUUGAUUGGUCCAACUUUACCUGAUAUUAGAAUCAUAAUAGACGAGAAUCUUGCUACGGCUUCUUGGAUAUUUACAGCUAAGUCACUAGGUGGGUUACUUGGAGCUAUCUGUGGUGGUUUCGCUUAUGAUCGUUUCAAUAAAAUAGGAGUGUUUGUCGUUAUUGUUAUAAUAAUGGGAUUUUCUGCUGCACUCACACCUUGGUGCUACCACCUGUCAGCAAUGUUGGUCGUUCAUGGGUUUCACGGGAUUUGCGCAGCUUCUCUUGAAACAGCGGCGACUGCUGACAUGGCUCUUGUGUGGAAACAGAAAGCUGGACCUUUAUUGCAAGCAAUGCAAUUUGCUUUACGUGUUGGAGCGAUUAUAUCCCCUUUGGUCGCAGAACCUUUUCUAGCCAAAACAAUUACUUUUCCCGGCAAAUUUGAACCAUUUGAUUCAAAUGUAUCAUCGUUUGAGCCGCCGUAUUUGGGAACGACAGAGACAUUUAAAACUAUGACUGAAAAGUUAGCAAUAAAAGAAGAAAACAAUGUCAACACUUUUGUAACUGAUUACGGAGAAACUCUUAUCUAUAUUCCAUACAGUGUGACGUCACUCCUUUGUUUACUGUCUGCCUGUUUUUAUAUUGUGAUUUUAUGUUUUUACGGCAGUGUAUAUGAUACUCUAAAUGAUGUUUCUGAUUGUGAAAUAAGUUCACAUGGAAAUCGGUACUUCUUAAGUAAGAGGAUGAAAUAUACAUUUACCAUGCUGUUAGCUUCGGCUAUGUUGCUCUAUAUCGUUUGUGAGAAUAGUUUCAUUGGUUUUCUUAUGUCAUUUUUAGUAUCGGAGCGAAAAUGGAGUAAAGCAAUGGGGUCUGUCGCGUCUUCCGUCUUUUGGAUUACUUUUGGGAUUGGAAGAUUAUCUGGUAUUGUUAUUAUAAAAUUUAUCAGUAUGUCUUCCAUGAUUCUCAUAUUUAGUUCCACAUGUGCUUCCGGUGCUGUAAUAUUUCUGCUCGCUGUGAUUUUUGAUCAAAUCAUAUUGGAGUGGAUGUCCAUUGGAGUCAUUGGUUUUGGAAUGUCUGUUCUAUUUGGUUUACCAUUUUCGUGGUUGUCUAAAAAUGUCCGCACAUUGACAGGUAAAAUGGCGAGUAUUUUCUUUAUCUUUAUGUGUGUUGGGAACAUGGGUGUACCUAUUUUAAUUGGAUAUCUGAUGGACAAAGUUUCACAAAUGUGGUUCAUUUAUUCAAAUAUUUUUUUGAGUUUUGGUAUGUUUGCAACCUUCAUUUUUGCAAUGGUUUCUUUCAAUUUAAUGAAGAGAGUUCAUAAAAGAUCAGAAAAAGCCAAUGUUAUGUUAACACUUGAAGGUGAGAAUUGAAGGUGAGAAGUAAAAUUUUAAGAGUUGACAAAGUUCAGUCUGUUUCGAUAUUAAGUACAUUAAAGGAAGGUGUUUAUUUGUUGUUUAAAGUACUAUCAUGUGUUAUGAUUACAAAAUUCUAUAUGAAUAUGCCAUUUUGUAAAAUAUGUUGAUGAAUUUAUCAAAGUAGAAGUUAAAUUUUGUAGUUUUAAACAUUAACACUCCUAAAGUAAAUUCCUUUAGUUUUGUCUUUAUAAAAACAAGAUACAUGCACAGUUGCAAUCUUGUUUGAAACCAAAAUAAGUUACGCUUUAUUUUGUACCUGAAAUAGUAGCUUUCUCUGGUAACAUUCCAAUCACUUAAUUAUCUACAACGCCAUUCCAAUAGACAUUACGUGAGAGAUCAUAGAAUUGCGCCUUUUCUGACGUGUUUAAAUGUGGUGGCUUUUU